CGCCCAUCUCUAUUUGCCACGUUCGCUCAUGUUCAUUCACAUUUUACUUGGAGUCGCCGACACGCCAAGUUAUCAAACUGGAUUUGGUCAAAGGAGAGUAAACUAGGCCGGAUUUUUUGGAUUUUACAGUACCUGUACUGUAAACGACUUGGAACGAAAAAGGACUCUUCUCUUUUUUUAAGUAAUGCAAGCAGCAGCAGCAGCAGUGAUGGAGGAAUCUAACGCAACUACCAUCGAGCAACAACCCAUCGCCCUCAUCAAUGGCCAAGAGCAGGUGUCCAACGAGCAGCAACCAUCAUCGCCCACCACUUCGGUGGCCACGCCCACCAGCACCACCAGCGGCGGCACUGGCAAUGCCACACCCGCCUUUAGCUACGACGACCUGUUCCCGGCUCUGCCGGCCAACACCUCAGCGCCGUCGCAGUCCGGAGCUUCCAGCUCGACGAUAGCCCGUGUGACUAGCUCGCAGAAGACGCAGGUUUUGCAUGUUCCCUGCGAGGAGCGCAAGUCAACGGAGUCGGAGAAGUUUGGCGAGGGCGAGUCAAAGCGGAUUUGCCAGCAGAUCACGAAGGAGACGGGCGCCCAAAUUGAGAUUGUCAGCGGCAAGAACCAGUCGCUGACCUUCUUGAUCAAGGGAAAGCAGAGCGAGCUGCUGGACGCUCGCCGCAAGAUUCUGAUGAGCUUCUCGACGCAGGCUAGCCGUCAGGUGACCGUUCCGCGGGAACACUACCGUGUCAUCCUCGGCAAGGGUGGCCAGCGGCUGCGGGACCUAGAGCGCCUCACCUCCACGCGCAUCAACAUCCCUAGCCAAGGCGAUGAGAGUGAGUUCAUCACCAUUGCCGGCACCAAGGAGGGCAUUGAGAAGGCCGAACAGGAGAUCCGUCAGCUGUCCGCCGAGCAGUACAAGAAGUCGUCGGACCGCACCACGGUGCCGAAGAUCUACCAUCCGUUUAUUGUUGGACCCUACAGCGAGAACUUGAACAAGCUGCAGGAAGAGACGGGCGCCAAGAUCAAUGUGCCGCCGCAGCAGGUGCAGAAGGACGAGAUCAUCAUCUCCGGCGAGAAGGAUGCCGUUGCAGCGGCCAAGGCGAAGGUGGAGGCCAUCUACAAGGAGAUGGAGAAGAAAUGCUCCACCGUCAGUGUGGAGGUGGCCAAGCCACAGCAUCGUUAUGUUAUCGGUCCCAAGGGCUCCACUAUUGCUGAGAUCCUGCAGCGGACCGGUGUGUCCGUUGAGAUGCCGCCCAAUGACUCCACCUCAGAGACUAUUACUCUGCGCGGACCCCAGGUGGCUUUGGGCAAUGCCCUCACCGUGGUUUACCAGAAGGCCAACUCUGUGAAGUCGGUAGAGAUCAAUGCCCCGCACUGGAUACACAAGUAUGUGAUUGGUCGCAAGGGCGCCAACAUGAAGCAGCUGGAGGAGAACUGCCCCAACGUGAACGUCAACUGCCUGGAGGACAAGAUCAAACUGGAGGGCGAUCCCGAGAACGUGGACCGGGCUGUCUCCUUCCUGACCGAAAUUAUCCGCAAUUACGAGGAUAACUUCACCUUCGAGGUAAUGACGGUCAAUCCCUCGUACUACAAGCACAUCAUAGGCAAGGCUGGCGCCAAUGUCAACCGGUUGAAGGAUGAGCUAAAGGUGAAUAUCAACAUUGAGGAGCGCGAGGGCCAGAACAACAUCCGCAUCGAGGGGCCCAAGGAGGGAGUGCGGCUGGCGCAGCUUGAGUUACAAGAAAAAAUCGACAAACUGGAAAACGAAAAAUCGAAGGAUGUGAUCAUUGACCGCCGUCUGCACCGUUCCAUUAUUGGCGCCAAGGGCGAGAAGAUUCGUGAAGUAAAAGACCGCUAUCGGCAGGUGACGAUCACGAUACCCACGCCCCAGGAGAACACGGACAUUGUAAAGCUGCGUGGACCCAAGGAAGAUGUGGACAAGUGCCACAAGGAUCUGCUCAAGCUCGUCAAGGAGAUCCAAGAAUCGUCGCACAUCAUUGAGGUGCCCAUCUUUAAGCAGUUCCACAAGUUCGUCAUCGGCAAGGGUGGCGCCAACAUCAAGAAGAUCCGUGACGAAACGCAAACCAAGAUCGAUUUGCCAGCUGAGGGAGACACCAACGAGGUGAUCGUCAUCACUGGAAAGAAGGAGAACGUCCUGGAGGCGAAGGAGCGCAUCCAGAAGAUCCAGAACGAGCUCUCCGACAUUGUCACCGAGGAGGUGCAGAUCCCUCCCAAGUACUACAACUCGAUCAUCGGCACUGGCGGCAAGCUCAUCUCCUCUAUCAUGGAGGAAUGCGGCGGUGUGUCCAUCAAGUUCCCCAAUAGCGACUCUAAGAGCGAUAAGGUUACCAUUCGCGGUCCCAAGGAUGAUGUGGAGAAGGCCAAGGGACAGCUGUUGGAGUUGGCCAACGAACGGCAGUUGGCUUCCUUCACUGCCGAGGUGCGAGCCAAGCAGCAGCACCACAAGUUCCUCAUCGGCAAGAACGGCGCCUCCAUUCGCAAGAUUCGUGACGCAACCGGAGCCCGGAUUAUCUUCCCCUCAAACGAGGACACCGAUAAGGAAGUGAUCACCAUCAUUGGCAAGGAGGAUAGCGUGAAGAAGGCCCGUGAGCAGCUGGAGGCAAUCAUCAAGGAGUGCGACGAGGUUACUGAGGGCGAAGUUGCCGUCGACCCCAAGCACCAUAAGCACUUUGUGGCUAAGCGCGGCACCAUCUUGCACCGUAUUGCCGAGGAGUGCGGCGGCGUGAUGAUCUCCUUCCCUCGCGCCGGCACCAAUUCCGAUAAGGUGACAAUCAAGGGUGCCAAGGACUGCAUCGAAGCGGCCCGCCAGCGCAUCGAGGAGAUCGUUGCCGAAUUGGAGGCGCAGACCACCAUCGAGGUGGUGAUCCCGCAGCGCCAGCACCGCACUAUAAUGGGAGCUCGGGGCUUCAAGGUGCAGCAGGUGACCUCCGAGUUCGAUGUGCAAAUCAAGUUCCCCGAUCGCGAUGCCACCGAGCCCGUCGAGGGUCUUACCAAUGGCGGCAGCGGUUUUAACGGCGCCGGCGAUAGCCAGGACGGUGAGCAGGAAGCGGAGGCGGCGGAACCAGUGCGUCAGUGCGACGUUAUCCGCAUCACGGGCCGGAUCGAGAAGUGUGAGGCCGCCAAGCAGGCCCUGCUCGAUCUUAUUCCUAUCGAGGAAGAGUUGUCAGUGCCCUUCGAUCUGCACCGCACCAUCAUUGGAAAGCGUGGAGCCAAUGUCCGUCAGUUCAUGGCCACGCACGAUGUGCAUGUGGAGCUGCCGCCCAGUGAGCUUAAGUCGGACGUGAUCAAGGUCUCUGGAACGCCCGCCCGCGUAGCCGAAGCGCGCGAGGCCCUGGAGAAGAUGAUCGAGGAGUACGAGGCCGAUCGGGCCGACCGUGAACUGCGCUCCUACGUCCUGCAAGUGGAUGUGGACACUGAGUACCACUCAAAGCUCAUUGGUCGCCAUGGCGCUGUGAUUAACAAGCUGCGUGCCGAUCACGACGUAAACAUUUCGCUGCCCAAGCGCGAAGAUCCCAAUCAGCGCAUCAUCUCCAUCACCGGCUACCAGGCCAAGGCUGAGGCAGCGCGUGAUGCCAUCCUGGAGAUUGUCGGCGACCUCCAGACCCUUCAUCGCGAGGUUAUUGAGAUAGAUACGCGUAUCCACUCGCACAUCAUUGGCCAUCGCGGACGCACCAUUCGCAAGAUCAUCGAAGAUCACAAGGUGGAUAUCAAGUUCCCCUCUUCCGACGAAGCUCAAACCAAUCCCAAUGCCGUGACCAUCAUUGGAAAGGAGGAAGACGUUGAGAACGCCAAGGAUGUGCUGUUAAGCAUGGCCGAGGACUACGAGCGUGACUACUUGGAGAACUUGCCGCCAUCGCCGCAGCCACAGACGGUCGGUGCCUUCCUAACUGGGUCUGGAUCUGGAUCCGGUUCUGGCAGCGGCGCUGGCGGUGCUGCCAGCGAGAACGGUUUCGUCAUCAAGGACGCGCCGUGGGAAAAGAAACAGCAGGCCAAGAAUCUGACUGCGCCGAACACUCAGUCGCAGGAGGACUUCCCUCACUUCGCUGCUGGCGGGGCUCCGGCCACCACGCCUAUCACCUCAGUGUGGGGGCCUAAGAACUAAGCUCGCCCAGCAGCAGCAACAGUAGCAGCAAUAACUACGCGUCGGGGUGCGCCAGGGAUCGGAGCGGGCGGCAGAGUAGCGGCGGCUGUCGUGCGAACGGAUGUCUCCUUAGUCGAAAACUAGUGUCAAAAACAAACGGUAUAUAGGUUGUCUCCCAGGAGCUUUUGUACAACGCAAUUUGUGCAGGUUAAUUGAAAAAAAAGAAAUCGUGAAUGACAAAAAAAAAACCAAGCAGAACUAUUUUUGUAUAUGAUUUGAUACAGAAUCGAACCCCAAAACACACACGAUCGCAAAGCAUAACAAAAACAACGACACCCACACUCACACACGAUGAAAUUGCAUUUAUACAACAUAGAAUACAAGAACCGCGAAAUGAGAAACAGACUCACACGCCCACCCCAACCCGUUCCUCGUCAUCCUGAUGUGUCACUUUAUACAUAAAACAUCUUAUUGCCAAUUUCUUUUUUGAUAUAAUAAUCAUUCUUCAUUGCAAUACAAAACAAACAUAAAAAUAUUCUAAUUAGUUGAAGAGAGCUCCCCCCUAAAAAUUAUGGUUUUGUUAAUUGAAUUUUGAAAGGAAAGAAAGAAAGUACAUAAUUGUAAGCAUAAAAUGUUAAUUAUUUACAUUUACACAAUCAAUCUGUAACUUCGAUCCUCUGUCUCUAACCUCUCCGCCUCUCUUUUAUCUUAGCUUGAUUAUAUUCCAUACUCAGAUGUUUUGUUUACGGAAGAUUCCCCCUUCAAAAGUUAGUGAUUAUUAUGAUUUAUGCGGCGGAAUAUAAAAGCCAACUAAAUGUUAAAUGAACGUUAAUUGUAUUUGUAAAAACGUUUCCUCGAGAGAAAGAGAGAGUGUAUGGAUGAUGGAGGUGGCGAACUUUAUUUGAACAGCAAUUAUAUAAUUAUACAAAAACAUUUACAUUACAAUUUACACUCUGUACUCAUACUCCAACUCUCCCAGAUGCUGCAAAAGCGAACCCGAACACACACACACACACACAACACAAACACACCC